AUGAUGAGAGCGAGCUGCUGGGACCACCGGAAAAAGCCACGGGUGACCCAGGACUCAGCACCCAGGAGCAUGCGGCUUGCAGGACAAGAGACAGCGGGCCAGCUACAGGUGACGCCAAUGCUCACACCCAAUGGCAGUGGGCUGAGCCAGGAGUUUGAAGGCCAUUGGCCGGAGAUCCCAGAGAGGUCCCCGUGUGUGGCCGGGGUCAUCCCUGUCAUCUACUACAGCGUCCUGCUGGGCCUGGGGCUGCCUGUCAACCUCCUGACCACAGUGGCCCUGGCCCGCCUCGCCGCCAGGACCAGGAAGCCCUCCUACUACUACCUUCUGGCGCUCACGGCCUCGGAUGUCAUCACCCAGGUAGUCAUCGUGUUCGUGGGCUUCCUCCUACAGGGAGCAGUGCUGGCCCGAAAGGUGCCCCAGGCUGUGGUGCGUGCGGCUAACAUCCUGGAGUUUGCUGCCAACCACGCCUCAGUCUGGAUCGCCGUCCUGCUCACGGUCGACCGGUACAGCGCCCUGUGCCACCCCCUGCACCAUCGGGCCACCUCAUCCCCAGGCCGGACCCGGCGGGCCAUCGCUGCUGUCCUUGGUGCUGCCCUGCUGACUGGCAUCCCCUUCUACUGGUGGAUGGACGUGUGGAGGGACGAGGACCCCCCCAGCACACUGGACAAGGUCCUCAAGUGGGCUCACUGCCUCAUCGUCUAUUUCAUCCCUUGUGGCGUUUUCCUGGUCGCCAACUCGGCCAUUGUCUGCCAGCUACAGAGAAGGGGCCAGAGUGGGCCUCGGCCCCGGGUGGGCAAGAGCACCGCCAUCCUCCUGGGUGUCACCACGCUCUUCGCCCUCCUUUGGGCACCCCGCAUCUUUGUCAUGCUCUACCACCUGUACGUGGCCCCCGUCUACCGGGACUGGAGGGUCCACCUGGCCUUGGAUGUGUCCAACAUGGCGGCCAUGCUCAACACAGCAGUCAACUUUGGGCUCUACUCCUUUGUGAGCAAGACCUUCCGGGCCACUGUCCAGGAGGUCAUACAUGACGCCCACCUGCCCUGCACCUUGGGGUCACAGCCAGCGGGCGUGGUGGCGGAACCUGUGCUGAAGCCUGCAGGACUGCCCAAAGGGGCAGGACUGUAGAGGAGGAGCCCAUGCAGAGAGCUUGGGGUGGCUCACAGCCAGAUUCCUGGGGUCUUUGUGGUUGCUUCCACAAAACUUUAUCAGUACCCUACUUUGCAAUCUGGGGAUGAAAGGAGAGGCUCCUUCCUUCAGGGGUGGCUUCCCAGGAAGCUAAAUUAGUGUUGGUUGAAUGAAUGAAUGAGUGACUGAAUAGAUGGAUGGAUGGAUGGAUGGAUGGAUGAAUAUGAGUUGUUUCCAGCCCACCCCUUCCUGGAGCCCACCUCUCAUUCCCUGAGUUGAUUACUUCUCCGGCUUCUAGUGGCAAUGCCAGGGAGAAAGGGAGAUGUCCGCCGGAUUCCAGGCCUUUCCUGGGCUGCGGGAACCAAAUGCAGGGGGCUGAACAAUGGGAGACGGGCUGCCUGAGAAAGGGAGUGGUCUUUUUUUUUUUUUUUUUUGAAAGGGAGUGGUCUGAAGCAGAUUCAAUGCCCCAGCCCUGGGGCGACAUAACCUCUGGGGUCUCUAGCAUCCUGGACUGAUUAAAUCCCUGCCCUGGAGCCAGAACAGGUUCAGGGCCCCAGAACAGCCCUGGGGAGGCACUUUCCAUAGUUGCUGAGGACCAGGACUAAGAAAGAAAAUGUCCUCUUAGCUCAGGGGCCAGGAGAGCGGAAGGGGCCUCCCGGCCACACCCCUAAGCUCACUCCUCUUGGAGAAGAAGCCUCUUUCUCCACCAAGGGGAGGAAGGGAGAUGGCUCCGCCAAUCUGAGACUCUGAGGGGCUCUGCUUGGCCCCUCCCAGCCUCCCUCCUUUCAGCCAUGCCAACCGGGAGAGGCAGCUGGGAGAGAUUAGCAGACAAACCUCCCACCUGCUCCAGGCACUGGGUAAACACAUUAGCCGUCUGCUCUCUGCUUUUAGACCAGACUGAGCUGACCUUUCCCCUGAACGUGAGGUCCAGGCGGGCCCCCACAGGCACGCAACCCCUUAAUGGGAUCACAGAAGGGAAAGAGCCAGUUCUGUGCUGGGCAAACAGUCGGUGCAAAAUAAAUGCACUUGGCUUUCCCCCUUUCCUCUCUACUUCUCCCCACAGCAGAAAU